GGUUUGCACUCGCUUUCUUUUAGGAGUUUCGUUCUUAGUCCUCCGAGUCCUGCCUUGAAAGUGGGAGGACCCUCUCUCUGUGCUUCCAUUUCCAUCAGGAGUUUGCAAAUAAAUUAGCGAUUCUGAUAAGUAUACGUAUAGAUAUAGAUUGAUAGGAUAAUGUCCAUCACUUUUGCUUUUCAGUCUCUCUGUACCAAUGUUUUCCCAUCUCCCGUUUCAAAUCAUCCCGAAAUUUCAUCGAUUUGGCGUCCUAUUUCCACUAAACUCCCACAAUUACGCAACCCCAUCUCUCAAUCCUUCAGGAAAAGCUUGAGCAUUGUCUCUUCCAAGUCAUCCGAGGCAGAGGAGCUCUCUGCUUCAGAGGACGAGUGGCUGAACAAGCUUCCGGAAAAGAAGAAGCCCUUGUACUCUCACAGUUUGCCUUGCAUCGAGGCUUGGUUAAAGAACUUGGGAUUUUACCAGAGUAACGAGGACCGAGCCGUGUGGCUAAUCGAGAAGCCUGAAUGGCACGCCCAGCUCUCCCUGGAUGUCACCGACCUCUAUAUAAGGUAUCUAAAGAGUGGACCAGGAAAUCUUGAGAAAGACGUGGAGAGGAGAUUUAGCUAUGCACUAAGCAGAGAAGAUAUUGAGAAUGCUGUACUCGGAGGACCUUGAACACAGUUUAUCACUACUCCAUGUGUUGCAAUCAUUCAUUCCUUUCUGUCAAUAUAUAUAUAACAUAAUUUCUUGAUCUAUUUUCUUCCCAUUCCACAAUUGGUAGCAACGGAAUCCACUUUUUGUUCACCACACUCUACCUUUCAAUGCUGUACUGCUUUGAUGAACAGGGGAAUAAAAUUGAUAGAACGCAUUCUUCUCCCCA